UUAGCUCCUCCCCCUUCCCCUCUCCCCGCUCGCAACCUUUCUCUCUCGCUCUCUGUGGCUGAGCGUCCGGCUCAGCCCCCGAGACUGGCCAGGAGAGCGAAGCUCGGGGCGAGAGUCUGUGCAGAAGAAGCCGAGGGAGGACAAAGGCGGGAGGGCGGCCGCGGCGGCUGCACUCCCUUCAAGCACCCUCGAGAUGUUCUCGCGGAGGGGUCAUGCGGAUGUCAAGAAGUCUGCGCAAAAGGCGCUGGACCCGCGGAAAGAGCCGCUGACUCGCCUCAAGCACCUUCGGGCUUUGAUGGAUGCUGUAGAUGGAAGUGAACUCAAACAGUUCUUUGAGAUCAACUAUUCUCAACUUUAUCUUAUCUUCUAUGAAAGUUUUGUAACACUGGAAACCAGUCUGAAACAAAAAGGAAAUAAAUCUCAAAGGGAAGAGUUGGAUUCAGUUCUUUUUCUUUUUGAAAGGAUACUACAAUUAUUUCCUGAGAGAAUCUUCUGUCGAUGGCAUUUUCGUAGCAUAGGGUCAAUUUUGAAGAAACUUUUGCACACUGGAAACUGCCUUAAGAUAAGAUGUGAAGGAAUACGAUUAUUUCUUCUUUGGCUGCAAGCUCUCCAGACUAAUUGUGCAGAAGAGCAGCUGUUAAUUUUUGCUUGUCUUGUGCCUGGUUUUCCUGCCGUGAUAUCUUCAAAAGGUCCAUGUACACUGGAUACCCUCAUCAGCCCUCCUUCUAGUCUUCCUAAUGGGAAAAUAUAUCCUGAAGAUAUAACACCACUUUUACCACAUGCUACUGGUGAAAAGAUUGAAGACCCAACUUGCUACUUUCUUCAGAUACUCCUAAAAUAUAUGGUAAUUCAGGCUGCAAAGUUGGAAUGGAAGAAUAAGGAGAACCUUGACACAGGAUUUAAGUUUCUCUUUGCGCUCUUCAGAAAGUAUUAUCUUCCUCAUUUAUUCCCCUUUAUAAAACUAACCAACCUCUACAAUCCUGUGCUUGAGAUCCCUGGCCUGCGCCCCAAACCAGUAUAUGUUAGUACAACUUGUGAUGGUGGAAAUUUUUAUAGUACAAAAAUUCCAUACCUGGAUGCUCGUGUAACUUUUAUAAAAUGGCUUGUAAAUUUUUUUCUGGAAAAGAAAUAUCUUUUAGCACAAACUUUCAGGAAUGGUGUGGAAGUUCUACCCAGAAUCAUUCAAACAGUGGGUAACACAGUGCAAGAUAAAACUCCUGAAGUGGAGACCAGUGUUCCAUCAGAUCAAGAGAAAAAUCAUAUCAACCACAGCGGAAUACUCAAUGAUUCCAAUUUUUGCAGCAUUGAAGAGCAGCACCGAUUUGCAUACGAAAUGGUGCAACAAAUAUUUUUGUCUACAAGAGAUAAUGUGAAUUUUGUUAAUGAAGUAUUUCAUCAGGCUUUUUUGCUGCCAGCAUCAGAGAUAUCCUUAACUGAAAAGAUUGUGAAAGUUUAUAGGAAAUGGAUGUUACAUGAGAAACCUCUCUUCAUGGAAGAACCAGAUGUAAAAGAGACAAUUCAAGAUGAUGAUGUCAUCCCAGAACACUCAACAGUAGAGACCGAUGGCAAACAUCUUGUGUCUGGACAUAAAAGAUCUUCAAGCUGGGGAAGAAGUUAUUCCUUCUCUAGUGCUGUUACCAGAGGAUGCUUAUUAGAAGAUGAAAACCAGAAUGUUAAAGCAGGUCUUCAAGCUACACUGCAGGUAUUUUUGACAAACUCUGCAAACAUAUUUUUAUUGGAACCAUGCAGUGAAGCCCCUGAACUACUUAAAGAGCAGAUAAAUUCUUGCAGAGCAGUUUUGAGUAUAUAUAGGCGCAUGAUAAUGGAAGUUCCAAUGAAUAAAAAGACCUGGGAGCAUAUGUUGCAAAUGCUUCUUAGCAUAACAGAAGCUGUCAUGAGCAACUCCAAAGAUGAUCAGAUAAAGGAUGCAUUUGGUCAAAGUUUAGCAGGCUUACUAUUUCGGACUCUCAUUGUGGCUUGGAUCCGAGCAAAUUUGAGUGUUUACAUUUCUCGCGAGCUCUGGGACGAGUUGCUACGUGUGCUGUCAUCCCUUACAGAUUGGGAAGAACUAAUAAUGGAAUGGGCUAAUAUAAUGGAUUCUUUAACAUCUGUUUUAGCAAGAACAGUAUAUGGUGUUGAAAUGACCAACUUGCCACUAGAUAAGCUAAGUGAACAAAAAGAGAAAAUACAAAAAGGAAGAGGUGGCAUUUUAGAAUCUCAAAAAGGAGCUGCAGUUGGAAGAUCGUUUUCUUUAAGCUGGAGAGAUCAUCCUGACGUUACAGAACCAAUGAGAUUUAGGAGUGCUACCACCUCAGGAGUACCGGGAAUUGAGAAAACAAGGAAUACAGUGCGUCAGAGAACAACAGCGAAGCGAAGUCGGUCUAUCAACAACUGUGCUCGUCUCUGUGAGGCUUUGCCAGCCGCUAAAAGUGCGCCUCUUCUCCUCCAUACUGUGAGCUCUCUCUUGCCUGAUAUCUCUUACACUUCUUAUUCUUGGGCUUUUGCAGAAAGUGAACAACGUGAACUAUCAGAAAAUGGAUCAGGAAUUAUUAAUCAGCAACCGGUAAACUUAUUGAGAGCAGAAUAUAACAGUCCUUUUUCAGAUCAGGAUCAAUUAACUCGAAGCAGUAGUACCUCUGAUAUUAGAGAACAAUGCAGUUCUGAUAUUUUCCAAGUUAGAAAAACAGAGAGUUCACAAAAUUUAACUGCAGGAUCCAGAUCUAUUCAAAAAAGUAAGGAGACCAUGAACAAGGAAAGUACACUACAAGAAGCAAGCAACACUCCAUCUGAAUUAAUUCUCAAGAUAGACAGACAGCUGUUACAUGAGAAAGAGAAAGAAAAAUGUGAAAAUAUUAGCAGUGAUACUUCUAUUGGAUACAACAGUGAAAUGGGCAUGAGCUUGGCUACCUGGCAAACAUGUGAAGAAAAUAAUGAUGUCUCCAUGCACGCUGACAUUUCUGUGGAUCCAGAUGCCCACCAGUGGUUGGCUGCCAACUUCUCAGACAGCAGUGAAUUCCUUGCCGAUGAUUGUAGCAUAAUUGCUGGUGGCAGUCUUACUGGAUGGCAACCUGACUCUGCAAUGGUAUUAUGGAGAAGAACGUUAGGAAUUCUUGGAGAUGUGAACAAUAUCCGGUCUCCUAAAAUACAUGCCAGAGUUGUUGAAUAUCUCUUUGAGUUAUGGCACAAAUUAGCAAAGAUAAGAGACAACCUGGCAAUAAGUCUGGAUAACCAGACUACUCCUUCCCCUCCUGUUUUAAUUCCACCACUUGGAAUAUUUGCAUCAUGGUUGUUCAAGGCUACAACUUUACCAGAUGAAUAUAAAGAAGGAAAGAUCCAUGCCUACAAACUGAUAUGUGCUAUGAUGAUAAGACGACAAGAUUUUAUGCCAAAUCCUGACUACCUGGUGCAUUUUUAUCUUAUCAUGCACAUUGGCUUAACUAGUAAAGACCAGGAUGUUUUGAACACUAUUAUCAAACACUGCUCCCCAUUCUUUUUCUUCUUGGGCUUACCUGGCUUUACACUGCUAAUAAGAGACUUCAUAACAGCGGCAACUAGGGUUCUGAGUACAAAUAUGUUGGAAGCUCCUCGCUUAGAAGCAAAUACUAUUCUUGGAUCUCUGAUUUGCUUUCCUAACCUUUACCAAGACAUUUCAUUGCUAUCAUCUGUUCCUGAAGCAGAAAUCACAACAGAAACUGCAGAUGUCAAAUUUUGCCUCAUAAAUACUCUUUUAAAGAAUGCCAAAGAGGAACCAAGUGAAGCUUCAAGGUAUUUAUCCCUUUGCUGUCUUGGGCUUUGGAUAUGUGAAGAACUUGUGCACUGUACCAACCAUCCUCAAGUAAAAGAUGCAAUAAAUGUUUUUGGUGUGACACUAAAGUUUUCUAACAAGCAGAUUGCACAAGCAGCCUGUGAUAUCUUUCAGUUAUUGACAUCUUACUGGGAAAAACUACAGAAAUACAACAUUUCUCUACCCCAAAAAAUUAUUGAAGUCCUUGUUGCCACUAUUGCCUUUCUCUUACCAAGUGCAGAAUACUCCUCUGUGGAAAGUGAUAAAAAGUUUAUAGUUUCAUUGUUACUUUGUUUAUUGGAUUGGUGCAUGACAUUGCCAGCGAAGAUAUUGUUGGAACCUGUAUUUACUUCCAGUUUUGAAAAUCAUUAUUCUUCUAAUACUCCAUUGCUCAAUUAUAUUUAUAGGAUCCUGAACUGUUGUGUUUAUGGUUCAAACCUGUACACACAGCAAAGCCAUUAUCUUUUAAGUCUUGCGGACCUCUCCAGUGAGUUCUAUGAUCCCUUUAUGCCCCUAGGAAACGUUAGGAAUUCUGAAGUAAUUCCGGUUCAGUCUUCUGCAGACCUGAAUAAUUUGCUCACUGUUGCUGAAGAAAUGAAACGGAGGAGCUUGGAGUUAAUACCACUGACAGCACGAAUGAUUAUGGCACAUCUAGUUAACAAUUUGGGCCAUUAUCCUCUGACUGAAGGUCCUGCUGUUCUACAUAGUCUUAUUACUGAAAAUCACAACAAUUCUUGUAUGGAAUCUUCUGAACUCUCACCUGAAGUCUUCCAAAGCCCCAAUUUACAGAUCUUUGAAUUUAAUGAAAAUACUGUCAUUUCUUACCUCCAGAUUCCUUCAAAAAGGGAGCUGGAUGAUGAAUUGGAAGAAUCUUUCUCAGAAGUAAGAGUAAUUGUUAGGGAUAUCUCUGGAAAGCAUUCCUGGGAUGGACAAUUGAUGUAUGGGCCAUUAGCUACAUGUUCAGUAGAUCAGAAGAACAGAGAAUUCUCGGUGAUUAUGGAAAAGAAUAAGCGGAACUUUGAGUCUCCAACUGAUUUCAUUCAGAUAGAUGAUGGAGAAGAUGCUCUUGAUAGGUUGCUAGAAAAGAUUGGCAGUACUAGUCCUGAGUGUCUUUUAUAUCCACAAGUAAAAUUAAAUGAGCCAUCCCCAUCUCCAUCUGGCAUGAGUCAUGCCCAAGCUAGUGAUAUCAUUGAAGCAAUAAUGCAGCAGAGUUGCAUAGAAAAUGAAUAUGCUCAUGGAUAUUAUCUGAAUCAUAAUACAAAAAGCGAAAAUCAGAAGAUGCCAAGAUCUGCUCUGCUACAGUCACAAUUUCAUUUAUGCAGACUUUUGCUAAAUGGCUUAGGAAUGAAUUCUUGGGAAAAAAGAAAAAGUUUUAAUAUUUUGAAGAAAAAUUCUAAAUUGUUGAGAGAGCUGAAAAAUUUAGACUCUAGACAAUGUCGUGAAACUCACAAGAUUGCAGUGGUUUACAUUGCUGAAGGACAAGAAGAUAAAUGUUCAAUAUUGUCCAAUCCUCAAGGAAGCCAAGCAUAUGAAGAUUUUAUUGCCGGAUUGGGUUGGGAGAUUGAUCUUUCAACUCACUGCGGGUUUAUGGGUGGCCUUCAGCGUAACGGUAGCACAGGACAAACAGCCCCAUAUUAUGCUACUUCAACUAUUGAAGUAAUUUUUCAUGUAUCUACACGAAUGCCGUUUGACUCAGAUGACUCACUGACCAAAAAGCUUCGUCACUUGGGAAAUGAUGAAGUUCAUGUUAUCUGGUCUGAACACACCAGAAACUAUCGCAGGGGCAUUAUACCAACAGAUUUUGGUGAUGUUUUAAUUAUUAUUUAUCCAAUGAGGAAUCGUAUGUUUUACAUCGAGAUUAUGAAGAAACAACAGGUCCCAUUUUUUGGUCCUUUGUUUAACGGAGCAAUUGUGACUGCAAAACUGUUGCCAAAUCUUGUGCGGGCCACAUGUAUCAAUGCCAGCAGAGCCGUGAAAUCUCUUAUAACUCUCUAUCAGAGCUUUUAUGAGGAAAGAGCAAUAUAUCUUGAUGAAAUAAUCCGGAAUCACAAAGAACAACUGUCAUUUGAGGAUUUUGCUGCUCAGGUCUUCUCUCCCUCUCCCAGUUACUCCCGUAGUGGAUGUGAUUAAAAUAUGUAAUGAUCUCGUUACGGUAAUUGAGAAAGACAUUACUACAUGUUUGACUGAUGAUUUUACUGCACAUGUAAGGACCGAAUAAACAGAGCAGAUUUCACCAAUACCGACAACUGUCAAAAAAACGUUUCUCGGAGGUUGCACUCAUUGACCAGUACUCUCAGUAAACCUUCAAGUUAAAUAUUUUGGAAAUUUAAAAUAAUUGAAGAAACCUACAUGCUCAUCUGCUCUAUCUUUCCGGGUGGUAAUUUUGAAAACUGCAUAAUGAAGGGUCUUUUUUAUUUUCUGUUUUUUUCUGUGAAAUCAUUAUUCCUUAAAUUUCAAAGUUAAAUUUUUCAUAUUUUCUGGUAUUAUUUCCUGGAGUUCACUUAAUUACUUUCUGCUAUGAAAGAUUGAAGUCCAGACUUUUUAUUGCCAGUUUAAACUGUGAUAAAAUACUUGAUUUAUCUAAUUUUAGUUUGCCAAUUAUGUGUCAUCUAAAGGAGGAUUCAGAACAGUAACUGAAAGCACAUCUUCUUAAAAAUGUCUUAAAUGUUACAUUAAUAAUCUCAGUAUAAAAGUAAAGGUGACAAGCUCAGCAUCUUUAACUGAUAAGCUAUAUGUUCCUGGAAUCUCAGUGUGGUUUAAAAUUUACUGGAAGAAAGUACUGUUUUAUUUCAUUGAUGGAGAGCUACAUUUAGCCAAAAUGAAGGACUUUUGACUAAUAAUUUCCUUUUUAUAUUAAAGAAAAAUGCUGCAAAGAACAAACUGCUUAGUAUAUAGAUGAAAAGUGAUUAUGCCUUUACAAUACCUUUUCCAAUAUACCAUCAUUUUAUAUUAAUUAUUUCCGAAGUUUAUUGUGCACAUAACCGACAAUAACUACUUAACAAUCAAUAGCACUUUUAAUUUAUAUAGUUAAAUAAAAUACAACAGUAGUAAAACCUACAUUGAUGGUAGGUUUGUAAAACCUACAGUUGCCUGGUAAAAUACUAUUUCAUAUGCAAGAUAUACAGUAUGAACCUAUGGCAUUUAAAUCUUGCAGUGAGUAGUUAAGUGGCUUGUGCCAAGUCAAGGUUCUAAUUUCUGAUUGUUCUGUUCGACAAAAUUUCAAAGUUAAUCCUUUAAUCUGUGCUAUUAUGAAUACUGGCUACUUUAUCAACACAGAGCAGCUACUUAACUGAUCACCUGGGGAAAUAUGGAUCAAUAUAAUGACUCAAUUCAUACAGCACACUACUUAUGGCUUGCUUAGCCCAUCUGCCUGGAUUCAUGUAAUACAUUGAAUCGUAAACUCAUGAUACCAUCUGAGGUUUGCACAAGACACAUUUCCUGGCAGUUUGAAACCAGUUAGAAUUGACAAGGAAAAUAAUUUCUAUAUGAAGGAGAAUCAUAUUCAGGUAUACAAAGCCUUUUUUGUAAAGUAAUGUUUGAGAUAUUGGCGCAAACUACCGGAGUCCUUGCACAGUACACACUGUUAGUAAUUAGAUACAUCUCACUUAGGAACACUUGCCAAUAUAGGCUACUUUAUUUAUUUUUCUGUGAUGUUUGCUGAAUAUAAUUACAGAAGUAAAAAAGGUCUCCAAGCUGAAUUUGAAAUCUUGAAGAGUUUAUUGAUACAUUCAUGCAGGAUUUUUUUAUUAUUAUUGUUAUCUCAUAAGAAGAUAGCUGACCCUUGCCUUCUGCCAGGGUGGUUUUUAACUUCCCAGCAGAGCCCGAAAAUCCAGGACUUCUUGAUUGUUUUCUAUUUAAAUAGCAAUCAUCAGUCCCAAUCUUGUCUAGCUACAAUGACGACAGCCAAGUUUUAUUACACAAAUGCAAGAGAGUAGCAAACAUUUAUGCUGUGGGGUCUUGGAGUUUUCUGAACCUGGUGGUACCACCAAGCUUAGAGAGCACCAAGGAUCUCCCCAUUCAACCCUGAGUUAGAAAUAUUCUAUCUGUAAAAAUCUGUUCUUGGUUUCAUGAGAAUCCUGUUUUCAAAACUUUACUGCAGUAGCAUGAAAAGGCUCCCUCUAACUGCAGUAACGGUUUUUAAGGUACUGUACUCUCUUUUUUCAGUAAUUUUAUUAGUGUAUUUGUUUGCUACAGAUUACCUCUUAAGGGGCUGCACAAUAUCAUUAUUAGAGAAUCUGAUAGUGGGAUGGAUACUUCUUUCUUGUUCUGCCCUCCAAAUUGAUUCUUCUCUGCUCCUUCUUUUAAAUGGGUUUCAGAGCAGAUUUAAGGAGAACACCGUGAAUCGUCCAAAUACACAUUAAUUUCUAUGGAUCUACAAAAAGUCAAAAUCUAGCAUGUAGUUUUUUUAUUUAUAUAAUUGGUAACAGACAAAAAUGCUUAUAGAUGAAGCAACAAUAUCUGGAAACAAUGUUGAUGGGAAUGAGAUGAGUGGGAAAAAAAUGUUUUUGAAGGCAUAGCUUUAAUUUAUUUCUGAUGCUAUUUGCAAUUAAUGCACUCACUUUCCUGACAUUGAAUUGGGUAUAGCAAACCUAAUUCAUAACUACUGUACUAAGUUGUAUUCAUCACAAACUUAGAGGCUUGAAGUGGCCCAAUUAUCAAGAAUAUAACAUAAUCAAUUGUUGCCUAUGGAGAUUCCCAGUCAUCCAGAUCAUGGUUGUCCCAAAGAUGCUUUUUCAAAAGGCUACUGGACUUUGUUUUUCCCGGAAGACAUUUCACUUCUCAUCCAAGGAGAAGCUUCUUGGAUGAGAAACGAAACGUUUUCAAGGAAAAACAAAGUCCAGUUGCCUUUUGAAAAAGCACCUUUGGGAUACUCAGUGGUUGAUCCACAAACAAUUAUAUAUACAUUUUUGCAUUUUAUAAUUAUGCUUUGCAUCUUUGAAAUAUAUUACUAUAUUAUGAAAGUUGUUUGGCAUGUAAAAGAAGAGGUAGAAUUGUGAAUGUCUUGUAUAUAUGUUAAACCAAACAGAAUCAAAUUGCAAUAAACUACUAACAGCAGUUUAAGGUUUAAGUGGUUGGGAAACUCACAUCCUUCCAGCAAACUGUAGGCAUUUAUUGAUAUUUGGGACACACUAAAAUUUCUCAUAUGUUCAUUGUAGCUUACUGACUAUAAAUACAUAAGGGGAUAAAAAGCAAACCAUGUGUUGCCUUCAGGGAUAAAAUUACUCAAAAGCAACUGAAUAUGUUUAAUGAUUAAUAAAGUCUUUCAUUACCAAA